AUGGAGCCCUCAACAGUGGUACCUCAGGCCCACAGAAAGGGGCUGUUUGCUGGCAUGAAGCUGAAGAAAAAAAAAAAAGGCGAGAAAGGGCUGACAAUUGCAAACAAAGAUGCAUUGGGUGAUCAUGAUGAAGCUGCAAAUUUUCUCCACGACACUCUUGGAAGACAGGAAGAGGUAGAGGAAGACCUAAUAAACAGUGAUGCUCUGUCCAGUGCUUUUGGAUCCUUAAGCCCAAAUAGAAAAAGGGCAAAGCUGGUGACCAGAAUUCAUGAAGAGGAGAUGAAAUCCCAGAACUACCAGAUUGCCAUCACCAUCAUCGAGGCCAGGCAGCUGGUGGGCGACAACAUCGAUCCUGUGGUGAUCAUCGAGAUAGGUGAUGAGAAGAAGCAAACAACAGUAAAGGAAGGCACAAAUUCCCCUUUCUACAAUGAAUACUUCGUGUUUGAUUUCGUUGGACCUCAGGUGUUGCUGUUUGACAAAAUAAUCAACAUCUCUGUUAUGCACAAUAAACUGAUUGGGAGUGUGCUGAUAGGCUCCUUUAAAGUGGAUCUGGGGACAGUGUACAUUCAGCCAGGUCAUCAGUUUUGUGACAAGUGGGCACUUCUCACAGACCCUGCUGACAUUAGGACAGGAGCCAAGGGGUACCUGAAGUGUGACCUCAGUGUGACGGGGAAAGGUGACACAAUACAAGCUACACAGAAAACAGCUGAUACUGAGGAACAGAUUGAAAAGAAUCUCUUGAUCCCCAAAGGCUUUCCAUCUGAAAGACCAUGGGCCAGAUUUUAUGUGAGAAUUUACAAAGCAGAAGGACUUCCAAAGAUGAACUCUAGCAUCAUGGCCAAUGUCACCAAAGCAUUCAUAGGCGACAGUAAGGACCUUGUGGAUCCCUAUGUGGUGGUCAUGUUUGCAGGUCAAAUGGGCCGGACAACAGUACAAAAGAACUGUGCAGAUCCAGUGUGGCACGAACAGAUUAUCUUCAAAGAAAUGUUCCCUCCACUCUGUCGAAGAGUCAAAAUCCAGGUCUGGGAUGAAGGCAGCAUGAAUGACGUGGCCUUAGCCACCCACUUCAUUGAUUUGAAGAAAAUAUCAAAUGAACAAGAUGGUGACAAAGGGUUUUUGCCUACUUUUGGGCCUGCCUGGAUCAAUCUCUAUGGCUCACCCAGGAACCACAGCCUCAUUGAUGACCACCAGGAGCUUAAUGAAGGUUUUGGAGAAGGGGUCUCCUUCAGGGGACGUCUCUUCCUUGAGAUUGCUGUGGAGAUACUUUCAGGAGGAGCCCGUGAGUCAAAGUUUUCAAGCAUUAUGAAAUUGCCAUCUAAAGACUUCAAAGCACUCAAAGGAAAAGACAAAACUGAUAAAGCGGGAGAGGAUCGAAAGUCAGCUUCUCCUUCAGACAAAAUGAACUCAACUGAAGUGGAAGUUGAGCCAUUUGAUGUACCUUUAGAGAUCUAUGAAGAGAAAAUUGAGGAAUUCCUUCUCUUCGGGACAUUUUUUGAAGCCACAAUGAUUGAUAGGAAGUUUGGGGACAAGCCAAUAACCUUUGAGGUUUCUGUUGGUAACUUUGGAAGUAUUACUGAUGGGGUGUCAGGAGGAACUGGAGGGAAAAAGAAGACACAUAAUGGAGAAGCAGAAGAAAGCCUUCUGCAUGAGGGGGAAGGUGACAUUUCUCAUGACCUUGGAGUACCCCUGAUAUCUACCACACCCCCUGAGAAGCCACUGAUCACAGGUGGGAACAGGAACUACCAGUACCUGCCAUAUGAUGAGAGGAAGCCCUGUAUCUGUGUAAGGAGCUACUGGGGCAACCAAACCUUCCGGCUGUACUCUUCCAACACUCUUGAGAAAAUGGCAGAUCACCUGGAAGAAUCAUUAGAGCAAGUAAAGGACUUGAUCAAGGUUUCAGAGACUGCAGCUGAGGAGAAAAUGAAGAAGACCCUAAAUGGUUUUAUCAAUCAAAGCAGGGCAUUCAUGGUCAUUGCUGAAAAGAAGCCCAAAGGGUUGAACUACACUGCUUUGGACAAAAAGAGGCUCAUGCUGUUCAAACAAGAGCUGGAAGCAAUGUCCAGUGAUGCCAAGGGAAUCAUUGAGCAGCAGAAAAAGAAGAUGCCACUGGAUGACAUGAUUCGUGAAACUCAGAGUUUUAUAGAUAAAAUUAGAUUCUUAGUUGAUGAGCCACAGAAUACAGUGCCUGAUGUGUUCAUCUGGAUGAUCAGCAACAACAAAAGAGUUGCAUAUGCAAGAGUCCCAGCAAAAAACAUUCUCUAUUCCCCAGCGACAGAGCAGAGAGGCAAGGACUGUGGGAAGAUUAAAACUCAUUUCCUGAAACUCCCAGGCAAGCGCCCUCUUGGCUGGACUGUGCAGGCAAAAGUGGACAUCUACCUGUGGCUUGGACCUAUCAGCUAUGCCCACAGUGCCAUGGAGAAUUUGCCUGUAGGAUAUGAGAUUGAAUUACCAUCUAACAGCAACUCAGGGCACAGUGUGCUACCCUCACCUGCUUGCCUGCUGUAUAAAACCCCGCACCUCUUCCAGAUGAGAGCCCACAUGUAUCAGGCGAGGGGGCUCAUUGCCGCUGACAGCACUGGGCUUUCUGAUCCUUUUGCAAAAGUUACUUUCACAUCACGCUGCCAGACCACAAAGAUCAUUUCUCAGACAUUAUCCCCUACCUGGAACCAGACACUGCUUUUCAACAGCAUUGUGCUUCAUGGUGACAAAGAGGAGAUUUCCCAGUUCCCACCAGAGAUUGUCAUCGAGCUGUAUGAUGAUGAUGCAGUGGGUAAGGCAGAAUAUAUUGGGUCUACAGUGGCUGCCCCUGUGGUGAGACUCGCUCAUCAAAAUUAUGAGCCACCAAAACUUUGUUACCACCCAGUGCACUGUGGAAGUCUUUCAGGAGGAGACCUUCUUGCCGCAUUUGAGCUUCUGGAGAUUCCUGAGUCAGAUCCAGACAGACUUCCCCCACUGGAUCCACCAGAUAUUGGCCAGAUUUACCCAGUCCCAGCUAACAUACGGCCUGUUUUAAGCAAAUACAAAGUGGAGGUCCUGUUCUGGGGUGUUCGAGAGCUGAAGAAAGUCCAGCUCCUCUCGGUAGAUCGGCCCCAGGUUCUCAUUGAGUGUGCAGGGAAAGGAGUCAAAUCCUCUGUCAUACAGAGCUACAAGAAAAAUCCCAAUUUCACUGGCCUUGCAGAUUGGUUUGAAGUGGAGCUGCCUGAAAAUGAGCUCUUGCAUCCACCACUAAGCAUCUGUGUGGUCGACUGGAGAGCAUUUGGGAGAAGUACUCUUGUUGGAACACAUACCAUCAAUUGCCUGAAGCAAUUCCUAUGCAAAACCCCAUUAGGUCCUCAAGCUGCAUCUAACAGAGUAGACAUUGCAGAAACUGAGAAAGCUUUACCUGAGUCAUCCCAGCCUGCUGUGCUAUCCCAAGAAGAACCAUUUUUAGCUGAUGACAUCUACGUUGAGGUGGAGCAGGGUAAAUGGACAGUGGUAGAUCCAGACCCAUCCCUCACAGCACUUCCUGCCGCUGAACCAGAGCACUGUGCCUCUGAGACAAGGAAAGAGAAGAAACAAAAGGAGAUGAAAAAAUCCAUCCGACGGUCAACAAAGAGGAGAAAAAGAACCAUUGCAGAUGAAUCAGCUGAAAAUGUUAUUGACUGGUGGUCAAAAUACUAUGCUUCUGUGCUCAAAAUGCAAAAGGCAAAAGGAAUUUUUUCCAGUGAAGGAAAACCUGAAGACAAUAAGCAGACUUCUGACCACAUAGCAUUGUUCAUAGAGGAUGAGCCAGACAAAAAGAAGAAGGAUAAGACAUUGAAAAGGACACAGAAGGAAACUCCAAACCUAGCAACAUUGCAGAUUUAUGAAGGAGACUUGGAGAGUGAAUUUAAUAACUUUGAGGACUGGGUGAAAACUUUCCAGCUCUUAAGAGGAAAAUCGAAUGAUGAAGUUCAUGCUGAUGCUGAAGACAGAAUAAUAGGAAAAUUUAAGGGCUCCUUCUGCAUUUACCCAAGUCCUGAGGAUGGCAGCUUGCUGGACGGAGGGCAGCCCCGCAUCCUGCAAGGGAUACCCCCAAACCACUCUGUCAAAGUGCUCAUCAGGGUUUAUAUUGUGGCAGCAUUCAACCUCAGCCCAGCUGAUCCAGAUGGCAAGUCAGAUCCCUACAUCGUGCUGAGGCUGGGCAACACAGAAAUUAAAGACAGAGAGAACUACAUCCCCAAGCAGCUAAACCCCAUAUUUGGAAGAUCAUUUGAAAUCCAAGCUACAUUUCCCAAGGAUUCAUUGCUCACGGUCUUGAUCUAUGACCACGACUUCAUUGGGACAGAUGAUCUUAUUGGAGAGACUAAAAUUGAUUUGGAAAAUCGUUUCUACAGCAGACAUCGAGCUACCUGUGGGUUACAGAGUCAAUAUGAAAUAGAAGGGUACAAUGCAUGGCGAGACUCAGCCAAGCCAAGUGAGAUCCUCACUAAGCUGUGCAAGGACUACAGAAUAAGUGGACCCUUCAUGAGGCCAGGAGAGAUACAAGUAGGAACAAAAAUCUUCAAGGGACAGACAGUCUUCACAGAAGAUGAGAACGAGGAGCCAGUUGAAUCAUAUGAACAUCUCUCCUUAAAGGUUUUACGUGCUUGGGAAGAAAUCCCUGGAGCUGGCUACAAACUGGUCCCAGAGCACAUUGAGACUCGGCCUCUCUAUCAUAAGGAUAAGCCAGGCAUGGAACAGGGUCGUGUACAGAUGUGGGUUGACAUGUUUCCUAAUGAUAUGCCUCUGCCUGGACCUCCUGUGGACAUUUCACCAAGAAAACCCAAAGGAUAUGAACUGAGGGUAAUAAUCUGGAAUACAGAGGAUGUAAUUCUAGAAGAUGAAAAUAUCUUUACGGGGCAAAAAUCAAGUGACAUCUAUGUAAAAGGGUGGAUAAAGGGCCUGGAAGAGGACAAACAGGAGACAGAUGUACAUUACAAUUCCUUGACAGGAGAGGGCAACUUCAACUGGCGCUUUGUGUUCCCGUUCCACUAUCUCCCAGCAGAGAGACAAAUGGUGGUUACUAAAAGAGAAAACAUAUUUUCCUUAGAAAAGACAGAACGCAAAAUACCUGCUGAGCUGGUGCUUCAGGUGUGGGAUUUUGAAAGACUCUCUUCAGAUGAUUUCUUGGGCACUCUUGAAUUGGACCUGAAUGGGUUUUCUCGAGCGGCAAAGACAGCCAAGAGCUGUGACCUAGGCACAGUUGUGGCAGCAAGUGAAGAAAACAAGAUCUCCAUAUUUCAGCAGAAGCGCAUCAGAGGCUGGUGGCCUUUCAUCAAGGCUGGGGAGCUCACGGGGAAGGUGGAAGCAGAGUUUCACUUGGUCACUGCAGAAGAAGCUGAGAAGAAUCCAGUAGGCAAAGCUCGAAAGGAGCCUGAGCCCUUGGAAAAACCCAACCGACCAGACACGUCCUUCUCUUGGUUUGUAAACCCUUUCAAGUGUUUGUAUCACCUGAUCUGGAGGAACUACAAGAAGUACAUCAUCAUUGGCAUAAUUCUGCUUAUUCUGGUUAUCUUCCUAGUUCUCUUUAUCUACACACUGCCAGGUGCAAUCAGUGAAAGGAUAGUUACAGGAAAAGGGUAGAUCAUGUCUCUCAGUCAAUCAAAAAGGAAACUUCUGCUAAAAAUAAGUCAGGCAAAAAGAAUUCAUUAACCUGAAAUACUUCUCAUUCCUUGUAAAAAGAAAAGUAACAAUUCACAUCAGAAAUUGGAGCUCUCAGAAUAUUUUCAGAAUAUUGGAAUGUCUUCUUUGAAUGCUCAUUCAGACCUAUCCUUAAUGUGCAUUAUCAUUUAUAUACAUUAAUGUACAUUAAUGAUAUAUAUUAAUGAUGUGUAUCAUUACUGCUGCAGCUUUAUUGACAUUAUUAUUGAAGUGUUGUUAUGCAUCUAAAACUGAAUUUAAGAGUAAAUUCUUCAAUGCCAUGCAGAAAUUAAUUCCUCAGUCAAGUAUUUAUUAUUACAGAUGAAUGAUUAAAUAUUAAGGUCAAAAUAAACACGAAGAUAAAUGUAUAGUACAUUAUUUGCAUAGUUGUAUAAGUAAUUCUUUUAAUUGUUUUUCAAUAACCUUAUACUGGCAUGAUUAUUUUUACAUAAAAGGUAUUAUUAAAAGAACUCUAAGGUUAAGUUGUCUCAUUUGGUGUCAUGUAGAAUUUAUCCUGCACCUCUCAGUAAAAAUGCUGUGCUCUACAAAAACGUCUCACACACUCAUAAAUGAGCAAAAUGCCAAGGACAGGGAUGUAGUAGCAGAGAUUGAAAUAACUUUUUCCAGCUGCAAUUUGAAAGUGCUGGUGGUCUCUGGAGGGGAGGGAUCAGGAAGAUGAAGACAUCCAUGAGCAUUGUGGAAACUGAUGAUUCUUAUAGGGAACAGGGAAAAUCCUGCUGCUUGAAAAGCAAAGGCAAAGAGCAAUGGAAAAGACAAGGGCUGCAGAAUGGAACAAACCAUGGAGUAUUAAAGAAAACAAGGAAUAAAACCUUACACAGUUAUCAAUGUGAAAAUCCUACUUAAGAAUACAUAAAAUGUGUCAUGCACAAGGCAAGGCUUGAUAAUUCAGUGACUCCACCUGGCCUUCAGAUGAGUGCUUAUGAAUUUGAAAUAGCCAUCCAAAUCUCCUCCAGUGUCACCCACAGUUAGA